CUUGACAGAGGAGCAGUCGGCGGAGACUCCCCAGUCGGGAGUUGAUUGCUUAGUGGAGACGGAGCGCGCGAGAGUCAUUCUCUCUGAAGAGAAGCGGACGAGUCGCGUUCAACUCUCCUCGAGCGCACUUUCCCAGUCUUCCAGUCCGCCGCACGCGCGGGAGGAGAUGAGCGUAUUUUGGACCGUUUGGACUGUGUGAGCAGGAGCGCGUGGAGCCGAGCUGGAUGUAGUGGAGGACAAGCUGCUGGCUGUGGCAGCGGCGCAGCGCGAGCUACACUUUCAGUAAAGUCUCGAGGAGUGUUUCGGACGGCUUCGUGGCGGGUUUUGUGUGUAUUUUGAAAACGACAGAAACUGACAACAGUCGGGUGGAUUUUCCUAAAGUUUCCUGGUCAAUAGAGGUUGGUUUUCUUCUCAUGAAAGCUGCGGGACAUCUGGAACCUGAAGGCUGAGUUUCUGUCAGAACUGACUAAUUUAGGUCGGAGGCAGGAAGUGGUCAGGCCCUCCGUUGUCUGCGGCCAGCGUUCAGCGAGACAGCAUGCGGAUGGUGGAGGAUGGGCCCUGAGUUGGAGUCGGUCCCUGCUGCUCUGCGUCGGGCCCCUCCGUCCAGAGGAAUGACGGCUUUGUGGUGCUCACUCUGGCUCUCCCUUCUGCUGCCGCUCUGCGUCUCUCCAGCCAGGCUGCCCACCGCUCAGCCCACAGACUCUGUGUCCAGUGAAACUGCUUUCCUGGAGGACUUUAUCUUGGGCAUGGGGGACACCCUGGAGAUGUCGUGCAACCGGGAGGACUCCUCAGAGCCCAUCGUCUGGUUCAAAGACAGCAUCGGACUCUCGUCGGGCAACCGGACACGAGUCAGCCAACGGACGUUACGCAUCAUCAACGUGUCGUACGAAGACUCGGGUGUCUACACGUGCCGACUCGCCCAUACCAACACCCUGCUCAAAAACUACACCAUCAGGGUGACAGAUUCUCUGUCAUCUGGUGAUGAUGAAGACUAUGAUGAAGAUCCAGAAGAUGCAGGUAAUGGAAAUGAAGCUCCUUUUUGGACCAAGCCCGAACGGAUGGACAAGAAGCUCCUGGCCGUCCCCGCAGCCAACACCGUCAAGUUCCGCUGCGCCGCCGACGGAAACCCAAUGCCAACCAUCCACUGGCUCAAGAACGGCAAGGAGUUCAAGGGCGAGCAGAGAAUGGGAGGCAUCAAGCUGAGACACCAGCAGUGGAGUUUGGUGAUGGAAAGCGCCGUGCCGUCGGACCGGGGAAACUACACCUGCGUGGUGCAGAACAAGUACGGCACCAUCAGUCACACCUACCAGCUGGACGUUUUAGAGCGCUCGCCCCACCGGCCGAUCCUCCAGGCGGGCCUGCCAGCCAAUCAGACUGUGGUGGUGGGCAGCGACGUGGAGUUCCACUGUAAGGUUUACAGUGACGCCCAGCCGCACAUCCAGUGGCUCAAACACAUCGAGGUGAACGGCAGCCGCUACGGCCCUGACGGCGCCCCCUAUGUCAACGUCCUGAAGAGUAAUGUCAGUAAACACACCGUGGCUCGAAGUAUUCUGAAACUGUCCAACGUGACAGAGAAUGACGCCGGGAAGUACUGGUGUCGUGCCUCAAACUUUGUAGGCAUGUCGGAAAAAGCUUUCUGGCUAAUGGUGCACAAACCAGCAGUGAACUCGGGCAAAGAUGACUACUACGCCGACAUCCUCAUCUACCUGACGGGCUGCGUGCUCUUCGUCUUCGCCGUGGUCAUUGUCUUCCUCUGCCGCAUGAGGAUGACCACGCAGAAGACUCUCCCCACGCCGCCUGUGCAGAAACUGUCCAAGUUCCCCCUCAAGAGACAGGUAACAGUUUCCUUGGAUUCUAACUCCUCCAUGAACUCCAACACGCCUCUGGUUCGGAUCGCUCGGCUGUCGUCCAGCGACGGGCCCAUGCUGGCCAACGUCUCAGAGCUGGAGCUGCCCUCUGACCCCAAAUGGGAGUUUCCUCGCACAAGGUUGACCCUGGGUAAACCUCUGGGAGAGGGCUGCUUCGGUCAGGUGGUCAUGGCAGAGGCAGUCGGCAUCGACAAGGAGAAGCCUAACAAGCCUCUCACCGUCGCUGUGAAGAUGCUGAAAGACGAUGCAACAGAUAAAGAUCUGUCAGACUUGGUGUCAGAGAUGGAGAUGAUGAAGAUGAUAGGCAAACACAAAAACAUCAUCAACCUGCUGGGAGCGUGCACACAGGACGGUCCUCUGUACGUCCUGGUGGAGUACGCCUCCAAAGGGAACCUGAGGGAGUACCUCAGGGCGCGCCGUCCUCCUGGCAUGGAUUAUUCCUUUGACACCUGCAAAAUCCCUGAUGAGCAGCUCACCUUUAAAGACCUGGUGUCCUGUGCCUAUCAGGUCGCCCGAGGCAUGGAGUACCUGGCUUCACAGAAGUGUAUCCACAGAGAUCUGGCAGCCAGAAACGUUCUGGUGACGGAGGACAAUGUCAUGAAAAUAGCCGACUUCGGUCUCGCCAGAGACGUGCACAACAUAGACUACUACAAAAAGACCACAAAUGGUCGUCUGCCCGUGAAAUGGAUGGCUCCGGAGGCUCUGUUCGACCGGGUCUACACGCACCAGAGCGACGUGUGGUCUUACGGGGUUUUGUUAUGGGAGAUCUUCACCCUGGGAGGGUCGCCGUACCCGGGGAUCCCAGUGGAGGAACUCUUCAAGCUGUUGAAAGAAGGACACCGGAUGGACAAACCUGCCAACUGCACACAUGAGCUGUACAUGAUCAUGAGGGAGUGCUGGCACGCCAUCCCGUCUCAGAGGCCCACCUUCAGACAGCUGGUGGAAGACCUGGACCGGAUUCUGUCCAUGACCUCCACUGAUGAGUACCUGGACCUGUCGGUGCCGUUCGAGCAGUACUCCCCGACCUGCCAGGACUCCAACAGCACCUGCUCCUCCGGAGACGACUCCGUGUUCGCCCACGACUCGCUGCCCGACGAGCCCUGUCUUCCCAAACAGCCUCCCAGCAACGCCGUCAUACGGACAUAAGAGCCCGGCUGCGGAGGUCGCGACCCCCGCUCACACUCUGUGACAAAUAAUCACCUCUCAGCGAAUCAAGACUCCUCAAGAUUAUGGAAAUUAAGACUUCCCGCAAUACUCCUGCAGCUCGUCUUAAACUCUCCAGGCUUUUCUCCUACGAUUUCCCCCCAACAGACACUUUGAACAUUGAAGGAUUUUUUUGUUUUUGUUUUUGUUUAGUUUUUUUGGCUGUUUGCGUUCUUUUCAGGAAUGAAAUUCUAUUUUUAUACUCUGGCCAGUCUUUUGCUACAAACGGUCGUGUGGUGAAACCAUUCCGUGCCUCCUGGGAUUUAAACCUCCUAGGACUGAAUUCAGAAAUCGUACGCGGAGGACGUGAAGGGCAUUUUGAAGGUGACCAAGUAGUGGUGCGGAUCUAUCUCCUCUAGAUCUGCGCAAAUCACAACAAGAAUGCUCCCUCAUGAACAGAAUCCAGGAAGAAGUUUCCAGCAGAACUCAGAGGAGAAGCUCUGAGAGGCGAAGACUUCCAGCUGCAGCAGGUUUCCUCAGUGUUAAUGUUUUUUGUUUUUUUUUUUCAUCUUAAGAACUGUUUUUUUUGUUUUUUGUUUUUGUUUUUUUUAUCGUCUCUGAACAAAAUUCCUGGUGACGUGAGGCAGAUUUCAGGGCCUUUCAGUAAUAAGAACAGCGCCACUUGGAGGACGUUUUGUUUCUUUUUUUCUAUAUCUAGAAAGUGAUUUAUUGUAAAUAUAUAAAUGCAAAUAUGUAUCAUAUCGCUGCCCACAGCCAUGUAUGUAAAAGACAAAAACAGAAAAAAAAUACAUUUAAAAAAAAAGUUUAUUUGAGGAUGGAAGACACUGUCUAUGCGUUCAAAACAUUGAAUUUUAUUUUUUUUUUGGGGUGUUGCAGAAAAAAGUUUUAUUUGAAUAAUUAACAUGUAUAUUUGUAAAGGUAUUUAUAGACUUAACAUGCGAUUCUUAAGUUUGAAAACUUCUAGGUUUAGGUAUUUUAGUACUGUACACAAAGAUUUUUAUUUUGACUUUUUGUAACUUAUUUUGCAGCAGAAAUGAUUUUGUCACAAACUGGCAGAUGUUUUUUUUUUUUAUCCACCUUUUUUUUCGUUAGUUUGUUUACUGUCUGAAACAGAGAAAUGAGAAUGUAUGGCAGGAGAUGACGUUUCUGAGAGCGAGUGUAGUGCGACAGCCGGACGUUGACCUGUGACUCCGGAGCGCCACCUGGAGGUGCUGCUGGGUUCUGCUGAGUUCUACUUCUGGUUUCAUAUGUUGGCAUUUGCACUAAGGAAAGAAUGAUGAACUCUUGCUGGGCAAGAAAUUGCAGCGCAUCACAGAGACCUUUCACACAGACCGUCAUUCUCAAAAUAAAGUGCACCUUCUGUCAAUCCUACAGUUUUAAAGCAUGAAUAUGACUUUAAAAAGUACGUAAAUCUGACCUUGCAAAUAUACUCACGGCAGAUUCCAUCAAGUUAUUUAUUAAACAAAGAUGUGAUCAGAGUUUUAGGGUUUGUUCAAGCUUGCACCUUGUCCACACGUAGCCGGGUGUUUUAUGAAAACCAAUUUAAAAAAUAUCGUACGAUCGGGAUCGUUUUCAGAAGUUUUCAUCCACAAGAACCUGCACAAAUACGCUACUGAAAGUUGGUUUCAACAUGCCGAACCCAUAGGGGGCAGCGUAGCACAAAGCUAAGACCUGUAUCAGCCAAUCAGAUUGCUUCAAAACGACCACUACUUCCUAUUUGGAAUUAAACGUGGCAUCAGGACGUUCAUUUGUCUUGCCAGGUUUGUAGGUUGUACUAGUUUUAAAGUUGAUGUCAAUAGUGAAUCAUAUCAGAACAAAUAUGUGGAUAUUUUAGCACAUUAUUUAUCGCAGUCUGUAAUGGAACCCCAAAUUUCCGUUUUCCCAUAUGCACACACAAUUAUUUCUUGUCUUGUCAAAUCUGAUCUGGUCUGAGUUCUUAGAAUUGCUUUUGGUGAUAUGAAACUGAGUUUAUGUGUGGAUGGAAGGCCAAAACGCUUUGGAAAUGCUUUUGUUUUCCAAAAUAUCUGGCUACAUGUGAACUAGGCCUUAAAAACGCUCUGAAAACCCAACAUACGUACACUAUGGAAAACUUUAACAUUUACAGCAGGCGUGCUUUCUUUUUACUCCAAGCUGUGAAUCACAAGAGCCUUCUGAGAACCUCAAUCUGUUUUUAAAGGACAAAGAAAUUAGAGAUGCACCGAUCAGAAUGUUUUGGCCCAAUUUCCAGUCCUGUUUUGUUUCAUAACCCUGACCUGCCAAAUCACAAUUUAAGAGCUAUGAACAAUUAUAAAACAAAAACUGAUGUGCAGUUGGUCUAAAAGUGGAAGUUUUAACGUCUAAAAUUGGUUUUUAUGGCUUUUGUUACAUAAGGACCUUGUUUAGCUCAGAUUGAUAUGCGUUAAAAAAAUUACUAAAAAGUGUAAAAAAUGAACCAGUCGAGCUUCAUCAGAACUUAUUUGGCAAAUGUGUUUCCCUCUCCCUUUUUUGUGUUAACUUUUGUAUGGAAAAGCCAGAAAACCACCUCAAGCUAGCAUAAACACUUUUGUUGAAUUUUGCAGGUCCAUAAACCUUCUUCCAAGGCAACACUUCAAAUAAAAAAACGUGAUGAAAGCACUGUCGGUACCGGUCACUAGACGAUCGGUGCAUCUCUAAAAGAAAUAAAUGACUUUGUUUAUCUUUUUAAGGGUUAGUUAAAUAAGUUUAGCUAACCCUGUUUAGCUAACAGGGCUAGCUUUCAGCUAACCUCUGGCCACACUACUCCUUCUUUACUUCAGAUUAGACUUAACUGUUGACGUUCUACGUAGUUUACUCAAAUACAGUGACUGACAUGGGUUGUAUAAUUCUGUUUCCUGCAGGUUUUACAGCAAUAACCAGAAAAGGGUUUUCAUUCAGUGUAGUCCUGGUAGGAUACAGUCAAAGCCCUUAAAUAUUUUGCAGUAGCUAACCAUUACAUAAAAGCAUCCACGUUCCAGUGAGUGCAAUGUCAUAAAUCUAUUUUUAAUUUAAAAUGUGCCUCGCAGGGUUUUAUUCACAGAACAUUCAAAGGUCAUAAGGUCAACGCUGCUAAUGCUCACAGGUAAAGGUUUAGCUUAAGGGGUAAAUAAAUGGGUGGGUUUUCUAGUUGAUUGAGCAAAAACUGCCCAUUUUAUUGCCUCUCUAUAGUGUUAUUACUGAAUGAAAUGAAGGCUUGUUGUGUGACUCAGACCACACAGCAGUAAAAUCAAACGUAUAUUUUGUGUAUGUCCUUCGAUUGUGUUGCAAAAAGUGCCAAAUUUAGUCUUAAAAGCCUGACUUUAUCCGAUCUCUGAACCAAAUCCUGCGCCGGUGAAUGUAGGUGGCCAGAAGUAUUAGGACGAGAAUUACAAAAUGGGUUUUCUUAAUAGUGAGGCUUUCUUUCUCGUUUUUUUUUCUUUUUUUUUUUUUUUUUAACUGAUCCCUCAAUAAAGUUAAAAAGCAUUCAGUCUGAAACGUUUGCAAAGUCACAGACGGGAAAGGACUUUUACGUGGCAUUGAAGGGUUCGCAGAUUUACUCGCUGCUAAGUGGAACCGGUUACUGUGCAAUCAGAAACCAGCUGGAGUCACCGACAAGUCAGCGCCAGUACUUCCUUAAGUAGUUUUAAUAUUUGAAGAACUUAAAAUACAAAUUGGAGACUGUAAUUUUGCUACAAUGUCCAAAUUGUUCUGAUUGUUUUUUGUUGUUUUUUUUGCUAUUGGCACCAAAAUUCUGUCAGGAAAAAAAAAAACUAGUUCAGUGAAAGCUCUUAUAGGAGAUGCUUUUUGUGUUAUCACAGUCGUGCCUCGAUUACAUGAUUUAGCAAAAGGGGAUUGAUUGACUUUUUUUUCAUCACAUUAUGAAUGUAUAAAUGUGUUUAAAAAAAAUUAAAAUGUUUGAAAAAAUGUAGAUCUUAAAGGAUGCAUUCUAGGGCUAAUCGACCUGGUUUGUUCACUAAUGUUAUUAAUAUUAUUAAGUGAGCCAAACAUACAAAAAAGCACUUCUGUAAAGAACGGAUGGAUAUAAUGAAACAGGUGGUGUUUUGUUCUUAUUUAUUCUUCCAUGUUGGGUAAAAGCUUUCCCUAUGGUGAGAGUAUUUUAUUCAGAGCUGUUUGCUUCUCUGUUUUUAAGAGCCAGAAGAAGAGAAUUGUGAUGUAGAGUUGGAACUUUGUUCAGUCCUUAAAAAGCUUUCCUUCUGGUUUAGUUUCAUUUGUUUUGUUUUUUUAUUAUUAUUUUAUCUUUGAAUGCCCUUCUUCUCUUUGUUAGAUCUCUUUUGAAAUUGAUUUUUUUUCUGUUCUGGUAGCAAAUUUAAAGACAUGCCUCACUUCCUUUUUUGUUGUGAUUUAUAUAUAUAUAUAUAUAUAUUUGUUUUGUUUUGUUUGUUUAAUGGAAAUGAAUUGACAUAGCUUACUAACAUUAGAACUGACUCCAAGUACAUAGUUUUAUUUAUGCAGCAGAAUUGGAAAUAAAUGCAUUUCAUUACAUAUCAAAGGUACUUUUUGUGACUUACGUUGUUUUCUCUGCAUUAAAAUGAAAUUAAAAGAAUAUUUCCCUCUG